AUGGUCAAAGCCCCGCCGAUACCUCCAAGAGAGGAACUUCCCCAAGAAAUUCCGAUUUCCAACAUAGAAUUUGUUGAUCUCAUCACAACAGUCAACGAACACGUUCGACAGUUCCUCAAUCAAGCCGAGCAGCAAUCUUUCAAUGAGAUGGCCCCAGAGUUAUAUAGGUUAUUGCUACUCGCUCACACGAAAGUCAGAUCGCUCAAAGCUUUCUCGGACAAGCUUCGAUUGGAGAAAUCUACUCCCGAAGCCAAAACUGCAAGCUUCGAUGCUAGAUUCAAUGCAUUUCAAACUUCUCAUGACAAAAUGUUCUUCGCUACUGCCAAGACAGCUCUCACCGAGAGUACUGAAGGCAUUACAAGCAAACUGAUUAGUAUCGCUAAAUUCAUGAGCAAAGCAUCUGAGGACCAAAAAAAGGCCGAGAAAAGUUGUAACCAAUUGGUGGAAUAUGCCAAUGCCCUUGAACAGAAUAGAAUUCUUCUUGAGAAUCAAUCUGCACUGGAGCGUUGUAUCAGUGGUCUCAAAAUCUCACACGAUGACGAGAUGGCUGCAUAUUCUACCGAAGGCAACAUACUGGACUCGGAAAAUCAACGCUUGAGGGAACAAUUUUUUUCGCUACACUGCUGA